AACACGGCCUGGAGCAGCCUCCGCAGCAGAAGGGGCUGUUGAGCCGCAGCCCGGCCGCGGGUGUGCGCGGCGCCUGGUGCCAGAGAAAGACGCGUUUGUUGUCGUCGGGCCCCGGCCCCGGCCCUCCUCCGGCUCCCGCCUCCCACCCACCCAUCCCGGCAACAAAACCCGCGGCCGACCCGGGACCGCUCGUGGCGGAGCCGCGGAGGCGAGAGGAGGAGGAGGAGGAGGAGGAGGGAGACGGACAGAGAGGAGCUUGUCUUGGGGAUUAAUAGGAGGCAGGAGGAGGGAGAGGUGCACACAGGGAAACAUCUGGACCAUGAAGGUGGCCUUCAGAUUGCUUCUCCCACUCGUUCUUGUGCUGGUCUCGGAGGUGAGCGGGCAGCGGAGGAAACCCCCCCGGAAACCCACCCGCCCGCCCCCCGAGUUUGUGGAGCCCGUGGAGCCCACCGAGCUGCCCCCACCGCUGCCCCCGGGGCCCCCUUCCAUCUUCCCUGACUGCCCCCGGGAAUGCUACUGCCCCCCGGACUUCCCCUCUGCCCUGUACUGCGACAGCCGCAACCUGCGCAAGGUCCCCAUCAUCCCGCCCCGCAUCCAUUACCUCUACCUCCAGAACAACUUCAUCGACGACCUCCCGGAGGAGUCCUUCAGGAAUGCCACGGGGCUGAAAUGGGUCAACCUGGACAACAAUCGCAUCCGGAAGGUGGACAGGCGGGUGCUGGAGAAGCUGGAAAACCUCAUCUUCCUCUACAUGGAGAAGAACCAGCUCAAGGAGGUGCCUGCUUUCCUGCCGCCCAACCUGGAGCAGCUGCGUCUGAGCAGGAACCAGAUCUCCAAGAUCCCUGCUGGGGUCUUCAACAAGCUGGAGAACCUGGUGCUCUUGGAUCUGCACCACAACAAACUAAGCGAUGGGGUCUUCAACAAGAACACCUUCAAAGGACUCAAGAACCUCAUGCAACUCAACCUUGCCCACAACAUCCUGAGGAAAAUGCCUCCCGGGGUUCCCAAUGCCAUCCACCAGCUCUUCCUGGACAGGAACAACAUCGAGGACAUCCCCAGUGACUACUUCAAGGAGUUCCCCAACCUGGCAUUCAUCCGGCUCAACUACAACCAGAUCUCUGACAAGGGGCUCCCCAAGAACUCCUUCAACCUCACCAACCUGCUGGUGUUGCACUUGGCCCACAACAAGCUCACCAACGUCCCUUUCAUCAGCCCCAAGCUGGAGCACCUCUACCUGAACAACAACUCCAUCGACAAAAUCAACGGGACGCAGAUCUGCCCCACCUCGCUGAUGUCCAUCCAGGACUUCUCCCCCUCCGACCUGGACAGCGUGCCCCGGCUCCGGUACCUGCGGCUGGACGGGAACCUCCUGAAGCCGCCCAUCCCCUUGGACCUGAUGAUGUGCUUCCGCCUCCUGCAGUCCGUGGUGUUCUAGCCCUGCCCGGCAGCACGGCUCUCCCAGGACUUGGCUUUGCACAGAGACUGAACCCACGUCCAUGUCUGAGACGUGGGACCCUCUUUCCCUCCCUCUCCUGCUCACAUCCCUCCUCCAUCCCUCCUCCCUUCCUCUCUUUCCCCACUGCAGUGCACGCGUGGCUUGUGCAUCCUUGGGGACCACAGUGUGAGGGAUGGCACCGUGUCAAGCAGCCACCCCAGGUCACAGCAUCAGUCUGGGGUGGCUGCCACGCUCACCCCAGCUCCCUGCUUGUGGUCUCUGCCUUCUCUGCCCUCACCCAGGCCAGCCCUGGGGCUGCCUCUGUCUCUCCCCUUCCACCCAGCAGAGUUUUAGGAGAUUGCAUUAGGUCCAAGCCAAAAGCAUCUUUGGAUAGAGCUCAUGGGGAAGCCCAGGGGCCACCUCGCUG